CUCUCUGCCUCUGAUUUCCCAGCUUCAAGUAGCUCACAUAAGUUGGUAAUAGAUCUAACUGUUAGUGUCAUCGGUGGAAUUCUUGGGAUCUCGGGUGUUCUCGUCGGACUAAUUUGGGCGUUUCAAAGAAGGAAACGAAUUCGGAUGGAAAAACAAGUUGAGGGUUCUUUGAUUCAGUUUACUUAUGGCGAUUUGCAGCGUGUGACCAAGAACUUCUCUGAGAAGUUGGGCAGCGGUGGCUUUGGCUCCGUUUUUAAGGGGACAUUAAUUGACUCAACCGAAGUAGCUGUAAAGAAGCUUGAAGGCUUCGGACAAGGGGAGAAGCAAUUCCGAACCGAAGUGAGCACAUUGGCUGUUAUUCAGCAUGUCAAUCUGGUUCACCUUCGCGGUUUCUGCACUGAGGGCAGCAAAAGGCUUCUAGUUUAUGAGUACAUGUCUGGAGGUUCCCUGGACUCUCACAUCUUUCAAAACAAAUCCACGGUUCUGGACUGGAAGACGAGGUAUCAAAUUAUUCUUGGGAUUGCGAGAGGAUUAGGCUACCUCCAUGAGAAGUGCAGGGAGUGCAUCAUACACUGUGACAUAAAGCCAGACAACAUACUCCUCGACAAGGACUUCUGCGCCAAAGUUGCAGACUUUGGCAUGGCGAAGCUCAUCGGUCGCGACUUCAGCAGGGUGCUGACAACCAUAAGGGGAACCAUUGGCUAUCUCGCACCCGAGUGGAUUUCAGGCCUGCCAAUCACCUCCAAGGUUGACGUCUACAGCUUCGGGAUGAUGCUUUUUGAGCUGGUAUCAGGCAAGCGAAACACAGCGCACUCUGCGGAUGGGAGCAAAAUCUUUUAUCCGUCCUGGGCGGCAACAAAGGUCGUUGAAGGCGAUAUAUUUAGCUUAUUAGACCAUGGAUUCAAAGGUGCUGCCGACCUUGAAGAGUUAACCAGAGUCUGCAGAGUUGCUUGCUGGUGCGUUCAAGACUCUGAAGCUGACAGGCCAACAAUGGGACAGGUGGUCCAGAUCCUAGAGGGAGUCCUGGAGGUGAGCAUGCCGCCACUUCCUAGGGUUCUACAGCUCCUUAUUGAAGAUCAGAGCCAAAUUAAUUCGUGAUGAUUUGUCAUCCACUGAAUACAAAGAUCCACUUGAUCAAUCUCAGGAUUUCUAUCCAUAAUUGUCAAGCUAAAAGGGCCACAUGAAUCUCUGCGGAGCAUGCCAAUAAUAUGUAACGGGUUAAAGUAUAGCUUAUAGUUGUUAUGAUCCUUAAAAUGGAUGUUUGUAUGAGGGUGUAAUGUUCUAUAGUGGCUGUAGUAUCUAUGUAGUGGCAUAAAGUUCAUGGAUAUCUCUUGUUAUAAAGAUAGGUUAGAUAUGUUAUAAAGUUUCCAACUCAUCACUUUCCAUGCAUGAGUGAUAUAUAUAGAUAUGUUAGAGACACGAGUAAGCUGGCAACCACCAGAUGUACCUCUUAUUGAAGACAAUGUUCAAGACCUUCUUAUCUAUUUAUUUUCAAGGCAUUUAUUUCAGAAUUUCUCAGUUUUACUGAAUCACGUCAACAAUCAAA